GUCAGCGUCAGCACGGGGAGGACAGGGCCACGACAAACACUGUUGUGUACCAUUAUGCACUGGAAAUGGGAGAUUAAAUCCAGAGUUAUCAUUUCACAAAAUACCAAAAGCAUCAGAAAUGAGGCGAGCAUGGAUCCAAGCCAUCAGAAGAGAUCCCGGUCCUCUUUUUACCAUAAGUGAACAAACCGUAGUUUGCUCUCGCCACUUCAAACCUAGUGAUAUUAAAUGGACACCAGUAAGAACCACAUUGAAACCGGGAUCUGUACCUUCGAUUUUCCAUUGGAAGGCAGAUUCCAACACUCGACGUCCAAUUGUAAAACAUCCCAUUCCAGAAAAAAGACCAAAGCAGGAGUUUGAUGAUGAAAGAGAGAGACCCGAUGAAACAGAUUCUAUAUCAAUGUCAAAUGAGGAUGGUUCUCCUCCUCCUGAUGAAAUGCAGAGAAAGAUAGUGAGAAUCGAAGAAUUAGAGGCUUUGUUACAGAAGAAGGAUGAAGAAAUAAGGAGUAUACAACAAAAGAUGGAGAUAGAACGAUUUGGAAUCCAACGUUUUUCAAAUGACAAUUCAAUGAUACAAUUCUACACAGGUUUUACAUCAAUGGCUAUGUUUUCAGCUUUCUUUGAAUAUGUCAGACCUACUGCAACCUGUAUGAACAGCUAUUACUAUAAAUCCUGUGAUAAAUCCAAUCAGCAGAUCACAGUCAGCAAACAAAGAAGCAUGCUUUUAAUUGAUGAGUUGUUCAUGUUUGUGUGCAGACUAAAAUGUGGUCUUAUGGCACAAGAUUUAGCAGUCAGAAGAAGGCGAUUCAAUUAUGGCAGACAAAGGGUUCGUCUUAAACAAAGUAUUAGAAGGGACAGGCAUAUCUGUCAAUACUCCACCAUUUCUUCUUAG